UGAUUGUAAAAAUAGGAAGUUCAUGCUGCAACGAAAACAGAACAGAACAUCGAUGAAAACUCAGUCGUGGAAGUUUAAAAUGAGGCAAAAUGUUAUAAUGUCCCCCUUUGUUGGACUACUACUACUAAGAUUUUCCUCAUAGACCUAUCACCGAAGAAACGUGGUUAUCAUAUGUAUGCAUAACCUGUCAAUCAUAGGCAUUUUUUUCUGGCCAAAAUGAGUGUGAGGGCAUUGUGGAUUAUAUCUUACGAGAGGGGAGAAUCUGUAGCAGUGCGCUUUUCCAGGUUUGUAAUGUUUUUCCCUUCCAUUGUCUGAUUGUACGUAAAACGUUAUGUCAUCAUGUUAUAUAUAUAUAUGUAUGUAUGUGUGUAUAUAUAUGUAUAUGUUACUUCACACCUGUCCUGUAUUGCUGUUUUUGGCUAUGUAAAUAGUAGGUAAAAGUGUUGGCUUCUUCUCACACAGGCGAUACCCAACAGUGGAGAAGCGUGCUAAGUGUAUGGCCGGCUCAUUGUAUGUGUCUGUCCCAGAGGAUGGCACUGUGCUCCAGCUCCUACUCACUGAGCUGGGCCUGUCAGACCCUGACAAACCCUACAUGGCUCUACGAGAUGACUGUCUCCACCAGCAGCGCUCACCAGCCUUGGAGCUCCAUGUGGAAGGCCCCAGUGGAGGGGUCCUUUGGCCAGUGUUGGUCAUCUCCCAGGGGCCUCUGAUCCUGGCCUGUCUAGCCCUGGUGGAUGCCCCCGCUGAUCCACGGCCUCCUCUGGCCAGCCUGUUCUCUGUCUCCCAGGGCCUCACACUGUUGGCAGGCCUGCAGGCUUUCCUCUGUGGGUCUGGGAGUAAGCCUGACAGAGAGGGGCUCACCUCUCGCCUGGCCAUGAUGCCCUCUAUCCUCCUGCAGGUCUGCCCCCUUGGGACCCCACAGGACAUCCCUCAGCCAGGGGCCUCAUCAGCAUCAGCAUUGCCCACUCCUGCAGGGACCCAGAAACAGCCAGCCUGGAAAACAGGGCUUCACCGUGGUCGGGCUGUGGUGAAUGUAGCUCUAACGGAGAUGGUGCGCUCCAUGCAGUAUGGAAACCGAAACAGGCAGGAUCUCUGGGAUGUCUACGGCACAGUGACUUGCAAGGUGAGCACAGUAAUACUGUCUAUGUCUAUGGUAAUGUAAUGCUAAAGCUUCUUGUUACCUUCUGCUGUCUACUCAUUUUCUCAAACCCAUUUGUGCUUUUUCCCUUUGCGUCAUCAGUGUGAAGUGGAAGGGGUUCUUCCCAAUGUGACGGUCACUCUCACCCUGCCACCCAAUGGCUCACCACUGAUGGAUGUCCUGGUCCACCCUUGUGUGUCUUCACUGGAUGCCAGUAUUCUGACCGCCAUCAGUGUUGAGGACUGUGACAGCUCUGCUUUCUCUGGCCCCUACAAGUUCCCCUUCUCCCCUCCCCUUGAGCCUUUCAGGCUCUGCAGCUACACAUCUCAGGUACACAAGUCCAGAGCUUGUAAACAUAGCUAAAUACAUGCAUUCACUCCUUCAUACAUUGCUGUCUUCAUCUCAUGUCAGAUUUAAUGCUGUAUUUUCUCAGGUCCCCGUGCCUCCCAUCCUAGGCACCUAUCAGCUGAAGGAGGAUGACAACCAGUUGCGUAUGACUGUGAGUCUCAAACUUCACGAGAGUGUGAGGAACAGCUUUGAGUACUGUGAGGCACAUCUGCCGUUCUUUAACAGGUAACCUAUGGACAUAUAAACACAAUACAUAACAUCUCACAUUGAUGAUGCACUUCCUGAUGUCAAUAUAGUAGCUUAUUACACAUAAUCAUCACUUGAAAUGCAGUGUUUCUGUAAUCUUGUAAAGAAACACAUCUUGACUUGAGGUUAAGUUUAACCUCUGGUACUCUGACCCCUGUGUCCUUGCAGGGACCAGAUGGGUAGUGUGGAUGUGAAAGUGAGCUCAGGACAGCUGGAGGUGUCCAAGGAGAAGAACCUGCUGGUCUGGGUCCUCGGUACGUCUCAUUGGUCUGGCGACAACAUUUACACUGUGCAAUGACCCAGUUUAACACAUAUUUAAGUUUCAAAUACCUUUUGUUUAUGGAAAAACAACGUCCCUAUUCUGCCCUGCCACUCUUAGGCCAGAAGUUCCCCAAGUCCCUUGAGGUGUCACUAGAGGGCAGUGUGAGUUUUUCAGGGCAGCUCCCAGGACCUACAGAUCCUCUCUGCACAGACCUUACAGCCUACAUCAAAGUAAGUCAGAUUCUUUCUAGACAAUGGAGAUGCAUCUAAAACCAAGCAUACCAGAAAAACGUUUCCUUAAUGUUUUUCAGUUGUACUUCCGAGUGCCAGACUUGACUCUGUCUGGAUGCUGUGUGGACCAGCAUUCAGUGCAGGUCUAUUCCUCUGCAAAACCUCGCAUAGUCACAUGUGAGUGAGAGAUUUGGGUUCUAAUGCUAGUUUCAUAAUUUUCUAUUAAAAAAUAUGUAUUUGUAAAGUGUGACGCCUGAAUGUGCGCUCUCUCUUCUCUCUGCAGCCCGGGAGCUGUUAUCCUCAGAAUACUAUAUCUGGAACUCAACUGGAACUGCACCAGUGUCCUCUGGACACAUGAUGCUGUAGAAUGGAACUGUACAGUAUAGACCAGCAUCAAGGAAAUGACUACUUCGUCCAUAUCUGGGAUGGGCCAAACACAUGAUGGAUCUCCAGAGCACAAUAUCACUACAGGACAACAGACACUGCUUUGGAUUCUGGUGACCAGGUUUGACUCUGUGUAACAGACGCAUCUGACAUUAUGAACCCAAUGGUCAAAGUGCUGUAACUGAAUGGUUUGUAUCUGCUGUUGUUCUGACAGUCUUGGUCUCAUCUAAGAUGCAAAAUGCAGUUUCUCAUCCAUACUGAACACAGACCAAUCAAUUUUCUGUGAAAGAAUAUGCCUUAAAGCUAGAAUCCUUAAUUGAAACAAUAACAAAGUGGCCACCCCACCUCUGUUUUGGUAAAAAGCUGAGGGAUGGGC